GUCCUAUUCAGGAGAAACCCUAUUUUUUGAGGACAUCGACAGUGAAGAAAACAUCUCAGACCUCACAUCCAGCAGUAAGUGUUACACGAACAGGAAUGCGUGAUAACUGUAUCUUCUAUUACACUUUCAGUGCUUAUACUUGAAUUUAUCAUACAUUUAAUUCAGUUCACCCCAUUAAUUAGAAAGCGUGACUGCCAUUUGCAGUGCUUUGGCUUUGCGUGUGCAUGCUGUAGCUGAAAUGUUAAAAAUGAAACAAUAAAAAGGCUAACUCGAGGUCCUACUGAGUGCUUCCAGAAGAUUUUGAAUGACUUUUGAACUAUCGGGAACAUGUCAGUUCCUUCUGCAAAAGGAAGAUAAGUCAUCUUUCCCGUGGGCCUGAUACAAAAAAAAAAAAGAUACGUAUUUGCCAAAGGAGCUCUUCACAGUCUGAACAAAAUGACAGAAUUUUGAAAUAGGCAAAACUUGGAAAUAAGGUUUUUAAAUAGGUUAGCUGUUAUCAUAUUCACCUUAAAUAUAACCAUUGUAUAUAUACAGAUAUUUAUGCUGGACAGAGCACAUACUUGAAUAACUACCUGAAUUAAGUUCAAUAUAUAAAUUCUAGCUUAUGACUAAUCCUAUACUACAGAAUUAGAGAAUUUCUUGAUAUGUAAUGCCACUAAUGACAUACUGAUCAAAAGCUUGCUGUCUUACGCAUAAAAAUACGAAGUAAGUGUACAAUGCUACGUUAUUUUGUUAUUUUGUGUUCCACUCAUUUCAACCGUAUCCCCUAUUAUUACAACUUUUCAAAAAUGUUUAUUACUAAAGACCAAUUUCAAUAUUACUGUUUGCAUUUAGACAGAAUGUCUGAGAAAGUGCACGGACUGCCCUUUCUUUUCCACACCGAUAGAAAACAAGAACUGCCUAUUAUCCAGCCCCACUCUAAAUGCAGGACAUCUUUUCUAAUCCUCAUCACAAGUUUCAAACUGUUCUUCUGUCUCUGCUAUCUCAAUUGUCCCAUUGAUGUAACGGCAACAAUUCUAUCCCCACAGGUGCUUCCUAACAAUCACAUGUUCUAAUCUACUAUGUGAAAUUUGGCCUUUAAAACAAGAACAGCAUUUUUGCUUUUUAACAAAUUUUAUGAAGUGCCACCUCAAGGCAAAUUUGCAGAUUAUUUCAGAUAGGUUUCUGAUUUUAAAAAAUGCUCUUACACAACUAAGUAGCGCCAUAUGAGUAUUAAAAAUAGUAUUUCAUUUUAUAGACAAAAGCACAUCAUAUUCACUCCCAUGACAGAUUUGCUAAGACUGCUCGUCUAUGUUGAGGACUGAGAAUCGCUAAGUGAAAGUGAGUAAGUUAUUCUAUAUGUUCUGAUAUGACUUAAUUAUGAAAAUACAGUAAAACUAAGCACAAUUUCACUUUCCUUUAAAAAACGAUUAAAGGAAAGUUAAUAAAGAAAAAAAAAGUACACAAGUAUUUAAAGAGCUGAAAUAAAGGGUUGCUUGGAACUGUGACAGAUAUCAUCAUCUGUGCUCUUUGCUAAAAAACAGUCAACAGGAGCUACAGCUGCAAUCAUCAAAAUGCUUAUGGAAGAAAUGCUGAGUGUACAACAUAUCUUUCACCACAAUAUUCUUCCACAAUGGCUGAUAAUCUGCAAGUUUUUAAUGUUCCACUUACAACGUGCAGUUGUCCAGUAAGCCUGUAAACUGCAUACUACAACUGAACACCACCCUGGUAAAUCACGUUUUGUUUGAUGGCUUGCAAUCACGUAUGGCAGAGUAGCUCCCCCUCACAGGCAAUGCUAAAACACUGUCCGUUUGUUAUCACUGACGACCAAGUGCCUUGCAUACAGUGGCUCAGCUGCUCUCAUCUGCUUGCAGGGUCACAUUCACAUAGCUCUGAUCUUAAAUGCAAGCUUUUUUUGUUUGCUGAUUUCUUUUUCUUUCUCGCUGCACUUCUCCUCCCCCUCCUCUCUAUCCCACAGCCAGCUACAGCCUUGGCUACGAAGCUACUGACCAGUUACACGCAUUUACAAGAGAGAAGUGGGCAGACAAAAGGGGACAGCAGAUAACCAUGGCAUCAGCUGGUCUGCAGUUCUUUGCUUUUAUGCUGGCUUUGUUUGGCGCUUUUGGAGACAUCGCAGCCACCUUGCUACCGAACUGGAAGGUAAAUGCAGAUGUUGGUUCCAACAUCAUAACGGCUAUAACGCAGAUGCAAGGUCUGUGGAUGGACUGCACGUGGUACAGCACCGGGAUGUUCAGCUGCACCCUGAAAUACUCCGUUCUGUCUCUCCCUAUCUACAUCCAGACUGCACGAACCACCAUGGUACUGUCUUGCAUCCUAUCAGCCUUUGGGAUCUGCAUCACUACAGUUGGAAUGAAAUGCACAAAGUUGGGAGGGGACACCGAUAGCAAAAGUCACACUUGUUUUGCUGGAGGAGUCUGCUUCAUUCUCGCAGGAAUUUUCGGAUUGGUACCAACAUCUUGGUACACAAGAGAAAUCAUUUCCAAUUUUCUGGACCAGACCAUUCCAGAGAGCAGUAAACACGAACCGGGAGGAGCGGUUUAUAUAGGAUUCAUUUCAGCAGGGUUUCUGCUUGUUGCAGGUGUGAUUUUCUGCACUUCCUGCUUUAAAAAGCAGCAAGGAGCAUGGAUUUAUCCUCCAAAGCAGCAGCAUCUCCCACCCACAACGCAGGAAAGCAAUGCAGGUUACAACCUGAAGGACUACGUGUAAAUACCACUGUUUUUAUCCAUUGAGGCUUUUUUUUUUUAAUGCUAAGUGUACUCUGAUUACUUUAAAGAACGUGUAACACCUAAAUUUUCUUACAUCUGGGCUGCAAUUAUAUUUACAUAAGGUAUUUUCCUCCUAGUGAUAUGCAAAAAGAACAAGUUAAGAAGCAAUGCUUGAGUCUGCUGCAAGAGUACUUUUUUGACUGACUUUUCAAACCAUUUUCUUUGACUUUCCAAAUAAGAUUUACUGAAGAAAAAUAAAUUAUUUCUGCAUAAGCAACAGUACAUUUAAUGUACUGAUCGCUUGUUACAGCAAAGACACUUCUUUUUAGUGAAAUCAGGCUACUGGUAACAGAACUAUGAUGCAAGGAAAAAAGCAACCAUUCUCUGUCCAAAAAAGCCCAAUUCAACAAUUUUUAUGUAAGGGACACAUCUGUCUUUCAUUUUUUGUUCAAAGUUGUCAUGGUAACAUUUAGAUUUUCUAAACAACAACAAUGAAAAGCAAAAAAGAAACAAACUGCCCAAUACAAAAAAGAAAACCACCAAACCAACAACAAAAACCUGCACUCCCAACCUCAGCUGCACAGCAUUUGAGUAUUAGGAAGGAAAAUCAGUGGUAUCAUUCAGAUGCUGCCAAAAACAUCUCACCCUAAACUGCCACCUGCUGUGGGUUUCAUUUAUUACUGUUAAAGAAAUGCCAGUUGGGCACUCUUCAUUGCUGCUAAUCUAUCACAAGUGUUAGACUUGAGGAGCAGUACAACUGAAAGGUAACUGUGACUGUGAAAAAGUCUGCAAACUGUAAUGUGGGAUACAAACUGUUCAUCUGUUUACAUGAAAAAUCCAGUAGCCUUCAGCUACCAUUUAUUGCCUUGAAUGUUUUUGGCCUUCUAAAAGAACUUUCUAGCUACUUUUAAUUAUUCCACUAAGGUAUGUUUCAGGCCCAGUCCCAGAUAUCUUAGUAGUGUAAAAUGUAAUAUAUAAUAUGAUAACGAGAAUGCUAUUACACUUAAAUAUAUAUGUUAACUCUUUUGAUUGCUUAUCUUAGAUCCUUUAACCUUUUCUUUCAACAAACAGAUUUUGUUUGUCAGUGUUCAUUGGCAGAUGUCCUGUUUAAACAUUUCACUGAACAG